AUGAGAAUAACAAUUAUAUUGGUAUUGAUUGCAAUAUCAGCUACUACAGAAACUCAUCUCACAGCAAUUAAGCAAUUAAGAGAAAAAACAAGAGUCACUCCUUUUAGCGAUUAUUUUUAUGGGAUGCUUGAAUUGCAUUAAUCAAGUAAAUUGGGCGAAGUUGUUACAAUUGUUUAAUCAAUGUUAGACAAACUCAUCGCUGCAUCUGGGGCUAAUGAAGCUGAACAUUCUGCUCAACAAGCUAAUUACGAAUAAUAAAUUUCUAAAUUGGAAAAUACCUUAGAAACAACUGAAAGUGAGCUGAGUUCAGUAAAUCAACAAAUCAAUGAUUUGAGUUCUGAUCUAUCCUCUCUUACUCAAUCUCUGAGCUUCCAAGGAUAAUAGCUAUUAUUGUUAUCCAAUUAAAUUACAUAAUUAAAUGAUAAUCAUUAAGAAGAAGUAAGAGCAGCAGAAGAGAAAUUCAAUAAUAACUCUAGAUAUUUGGCAGCAGUUUAGGAAGUGUUAAGAUUUUUAGGUGACACUCUUUUGGGAAAUACUAGUUUAAUUGAAAGAGAAAGAGCCAUUGAAGCAGCAAAACAAACUUUGGGAGAAAAACACCCAAUAUCCAUAAUGAUCUAAUUGACAUCCGAAUAUGAUGAUAACACUAUUAGACGAGUUAUAACUAAAUUGGAAGGAAUCGCAAGUAAUGUCCAAGAAAGAUUAGAUGCUAUUAAUACUUCCUCAACCAAUUCAGAGCAAUAAUAUCUAACCUUAAGAAGUCAAUUUGAAUCCACUUACGGAAACUUAGAUAAGGACAAGCAAUUCAAUCAAAGACAAGCAACUGCUAAGGAUAACGACCUAGCAUCAGCUAAGAGAAGAUAAUAAGAAUUACAGGAACUUAUUGCAACCUCAAUAGAGUUGCUUGAAUAAACUAGAAUUGCUGAAGACAAUGAAAAUACAAGUUACACAAGCAAAAGAUCACAUAUUUCCGAAGAAAUUAGCAUCGUAUAGAGUGCUUUGGAUUUAUUAUCACAAUUACCAGCUUAAUGAUAUGAAUGAGAAUAUUCAAAUAAAAUAAAAUUUUAUUAUAUUUUAUUA